GGGUGGCCAUGUUGCUCCAAUAAAGCGGGAGGGCGCGGCGCGGGGGGAGCAGAUGCCGCUGGCUGCGAGCUGGACUCGGGCGCGAGCGGAGCGCGGCCGCGAGGGAGGCGCGGGGGAGGCGAGCCGGAGCCGGAGCGCCAGCAGCAGCCGGUGUCGGCGGGGAGCACCCGGGCGAAGCCGGAGCCGCAGCCGCGAUGGCCGUGGCCGUGGGGAGACCGUCUAGUGAAGAGCUUCGGAACUUGUCCCUGUCUGGCCAUGUUGGAUUCGACAGUCUCCCCGACCAGCUGGUCAACAAGUCCACUUCUCAAGGGUUCUGCUUCAACAUCCUGUGUGUUGGUGAGACAGGCAUUGGCAAAUCCACGUUAAUGGAUACUUUGUUCAACACCAAAUUUGAAAGUGACCCAGCUACUCACAAUGAACCAGGUGUCCGGUUAAAAGCCAGAAGUUAUGAGCUUCAGGAAAGCAACGUCCGGCUGAAGUUAACCAUCGUUGACACCGUGGGGUUUGGAGACCAGAUAAAUAAAGAUGACAGCUAUAAGCCGAUCGUGGAAUACAUCGAUGCCCAAUUUGAGGCUUACCUGCAGGAAGAAUUGAAGAUUAAGCGUUCUCUGUUCAACUACCACGACACAAGGGUCCACGCCUGUCUCUACUUCAUCGCCCCAACAGGGCAUUCACUGAAGUCCCUGGACCUGGUCACCAUGAAGAAACUGGACAGUAAGGUGAACAUCAUUCCAAUAAUUGCAAAAGCUGACACCAUUGCCAAGAAUGAACUGCACAAAUUUAAGAGUAAGAUCAUGAGCGAACUAGUCAGCAAUGGGGUCCAGAUAUAUCAGUUCCCCACUGACGAAGAAACUGUGGCAGAGAUUAAUGCAACGAUGAGUGUCCAUCUCCCGUUUGCGGUGGUUGGCAGCACUGAGGAGGUGAAGAUUGGCAACAAGAUGGCAAAGGCCAGGCAGUACCCCUGGGGCGUGGUACAGGUUGAAAAUGAAAACCAUUGUGAUUUUGUGAAACUUCGGGAGAUGCUGAUCCGUGUGAACAUGGAGGACUUGCGAGAACAGACUCACACCCGCCAUUAUGAGCUGUACCGACGCUGUAAGCUCGAGGAGAUGGGGUUCAAGGACACCGACCCCGACAGCAAGCCCUUCAGUCUGCAGGAGACGUACGAAGCAAAACGGAAUGAGUUCCUAGGAGAGCUGCAGAAGAAGGAAGAGGAAAUGAGGCAGAUGUUCGUUAUGAGAGUAAAGGAGAAAGAAGCUGAACUCAAAGAGGCAGAGAAAGAACUUCAUGAGAAGUUUGACCUCCUGAAGCGGACGCACCAAGAAGAGAAGAAGAAGGUGGAGGACAAGAAGAAGGAGCUCGAGGAGGAGGUGAACAACUUCCAGAAGAAGAAGGCAGCCGCCCAGUUGCUCCAGUCCCAGGCCCAGCAAUCUGGGGCGCAGCAAACCAAGAAAGACAAGGAUAAGAAAAAUGCAAGCUUCACAUAAAGCCUGGCAAGCCAAGGAUGUUCCCGCAUUCACCUGCUUUUGCAGUAAUAUUGUAUCUCUGCCAUCUGUGUCCUUUAUUUUUAUUUUUUAUUUUAUUUUUUUUACCCUUCCCCAACACCAGUAACUAUUAACUCAUUUUGCUGAAUGUUGUUGGGUGGUAGAAAAUGCUAGAACAAGGGGAUAACAGCAAAAGCUCUGUGCAGCUGGACUUGGUUUCUGGAAAGUAAAAGAUUUGCCUGUAAGGCCUGUUCCGAAUGGCAGCAGGAAGCAGGCCUGUCACUUGUGUGUCGCUUUGGACUGAGGAGAGUGGGGUAAACUGCCACCUGUACGUCCGACCUGAAAGCUUGUGACGCCUCAGCAGCUGAACUAAAGCCUGAGUAGCCAUGUCAACAGCUUGCAUUUCCUGGAUUUCAUCUCCAUGAUCGCACAGUCCCUCAACUCACUGCCUUUUCUCCCCACUUGUCCCAAAGCCAGGUAGAUGUGUGCGUAGUAGACAGAAUGGUGGGUGAGCAGUGUCUAUGACUUACACUUGCAUGAAGUUUUCGUUUUAAUCAGUAACAUCAUUUGGCCUGAGACUGUGGGUCUGUUCAGACUGUGUCCUCUUAUGGCUAAAAACUGCAUCUGUACACCUCCCUUGGCGUGCUGGCCAAGUGGGGUGGCCUGACCUGACACAGAGAACCAUGAUCAGUGCACGUUUACUGGUGUGACCUUGGCCCUCUCACAGACAGAGAUCUCACAGGUUUGCAUAUACAACGUUCUUUAGUAGAAGAAUCUUCUACUAAGGAUAAUGGGCAUUCUACAAAGUACUAUUUGAAAUAAGGACUGUUUAACAAUCACAUCUAAAUUUGCUCUCACUGGGCUGAGGGAGGGCCUAAUGACUGACCCUAGAUAACAGUGCUGCUCAUAAAGUGUCCCACUAAUCAUGAGGAGAAAAUUGGCACAAAUACUUCAAAUACAAAAUUUGCUGUAAACUUUAUCGUCUGCAGCUCAGAUUGGAAGGGACCUUGUCGAUUUAACAUGGAAAUGGGAGGAUGACCAGUGAGUCGAGAAAGUAGACGUUUUUCACAUCCAACUUCCUUGUUUAGUCUCCUUUCAGUUAUUUGGCAAUAAAAAGAAGAAACCAAACAUCUGGGGUUCCAAAUCCAGUUGUUUGGAAGGAGUUUCCCCACCUUCCCCUCACCAUGCCCAUUUCUUUCUGCCUGCCCUUUGAGUCUAAGGCGAUCAAAUACUAGAGGACUAGGGCUGACCCCAGGCCAGCCCAUAGGCUACAGGCUGACUUUGUAGGAAAAGGCUGUUUUUAGUCUCUUUUCUGUGCUGCUCCUUUCUGAUGCGUAUCCUUCCAUCUGUUUGUUUUUCUCCUCCACUAACAAGCUCUCCCAGCUCUCUAACUAUAGCCUCCUGUUUCUUACUUGAAAGGUUAACGUUUCCCACGAACCCACUUCCCCUCUGCGUUUUCCUUCUGGCCUUCGCUAGUUGUAGGGUAAGUAAAUGGGGUAGAAUGCGCUGCACCGCCCCCGACACACUUUUUUUUUUUAAUUAAUACUUUUCUAUUUGAUUCCAACAAAGAUUUUUUUUUCCCUUUUUGUCCUCAACCCAACUUAGAGGAAAGUAGGGUUAAGAUCAGUUUCAUCAAAGCCCAAAGUAAGCUAGGAUAGAAACUAGGAAAAGGACCAGCAGCAGCGGUGGUGGUUUUAUAGGGUAGGAGCUACUGGACCAAUAUUUUUGUUUUUGCCUUUUUUUUUUUUAACCUAAUCUGCAGCCGUCUGUGGAGCAGCCGAGUGUUCGCUGACAUGCCGAUUCUAACCAUGGGCUGAGUUUGUUCAUACGCUGUGCACCAGACAAAAGCUUGAAUAUUUGUGCUGUAUGCUUGUUCCAACCACCGUUCGUGUGAGCAUUUUUGUGGCUUGUAACGGAAAGUCUACUUUUAAAUUCUGUUUCUUGGCAUCACUAAAACCUUUUCAAAAUGUGCCUAACAAUGAAAGGCCUCCAGCUGACUUUUUGAUUCCGAGAUUGUUGAUUGUGUUUUCGUAUGCAUUAAAUUUUUCACAGCCAGAUAAACCAUAUGGAGAGUCAGGGAAUAAAGCGUCAAGAGAAACAUAUAGAAGUUGGGUUUUUUUUUGUUUUUAAUGUGUUGCUUCUGAACUUUUUCCACCCCUGCCCCAGCCCUGCGUAGUUCGUUAUUGCUGCCCUUCCUUUUUCUUUCUGUAUCUGUGCCUUUUUUCACAGUAGUCCUUGGCUCUGCACGGAAUAAAUGAUCCCUCCAAUCUAAUUGGAUGUGCUUUCCCGCCUUUGCAUGUAAGUACAGUAGUAAGAAACCUUUGAGAGCUUUCUGACUUUCUGAAAUUAGAGAAAACAAAUGGGAUGGAUGGAUUUUUUUUCUUUCUCUUUCAUCGGGGGGGUAGAGAGGUAAUGGUUGGAGUUGCCUUUGGUUUUUUUGGCUUUUUUGUUAAAAAUAUGCUAAAUAACUAAAUGCAUUUUAAACGGCCUUACUUCUGAUUCUUUUUUCCCCACAAGAACCACAUAAAUUCAACUUCUUGAUCUCAAUGUGGAAAUCAGAACUUACUAAUCUCCACCGGUGCUCUAUACAGCAUCCGUGGGCCUCAUUGGUUAUUUCAGAGGGGCCUUGGUUCUGGCAGGAUCAAUCAGGCUAGAAUGAGAGACCACUGCCUUCCACAGGGAGAAGCUAAGAGAAAACAACUGUGACGCCAUGCUGCCUCUAUGACCACUUCACUUUUUGAUCUUAGUUUAAUGGUCUCUCCCUGGUGCUAACUGCUGGCAGUGGUCAGCUCUUGUUGUGGGCGGCAGGAAGAUGGCUCUAGCUGGCUUUCCCCCCAUGUCUUCUGUUCAAACCUAAUGACCAUCUUGCCUCUGGGCUUUAGAUGCCCAUAAUACUUGUCCAUGCUGUAGGAUGUGAUGGAAAAGCAUUUACAAGAAUUCAUUGGCAAUUUAUUUUCCCAGAUUAGGCUCUUUAUUAAACUGGUAAAGGUUCUAUCCAAAAAGGGCAUCUCAACCAGUGGAAUUAGUGGAAUGUCGGACACAGGGUCUUAUCUCCCCCCUUUGCUUUGUAACUGACCAGCCGUGGCACUUGUUCUUCAUGUCGUGUGCCCCUCAGAUGAAUGCUGGAUUUCUUUGCUUCACAUACCCAUAAGUGUUUCACGUACAAACCACUGAGUCAGGUUUUCCAGCUGUCCCUGGUGCACAUCACACCGUCUCUGUGUGGUCCCCACCAAAACUGUCCCUUCAGAUCCCUUUGCUUUGCCAUUUCCAAGUGUCUGGGAUUGUCAAGACUCAGCCUCCAAAAAUCCUAGUUCCACUGACAGGACACAUAAGUGAUCACUCUUUAGUGGGAAUUAUAACCUACAAAGUCUAUCUAGUGUGUAUGUAGGUAUGAAGGGAAUUUUUUGAAUAAAUUGAAAAAUGAAGCUGUGAACAGCAUUAGAACUUUGUCUAUUUCUUAAUUUUAAAAUAUGCUGAUAUGCCUUAAACCGUAGUUGUAGAUCCUUGUCAUUUUGCUGUUUGAAAAUAACUGAUGUGUUUUCUAAAACUGUUGUGUAAUCCACUUUCCAUGUUAAUGCAGAAUUGUCAUAUGUAAGCUGCAUGUUAGAUAUUUUGUCUUUUUUAAAAAACUAAAGUAAUUGUAUUGAUGUGAAGUAUACCAUUUUUUCAAAUAUGAAAGUGAUCAGUAACAUGCUUGGUUAUUUGGUAUCUGUUAAGGUAGGAGAGUGGUGGACAGGUAACCUAUGCAUAUGUCACUAGUGCCAAGAUGGAAAGUGGGGAAAAUAUAUUUUUACCCAAACAU